AAUUCAUUUAUCUGCAGGAAUGAUUGCGACUAUCAGUCUGAAGCUCACCGCCUGACUGAGGAGGUGAAAGUUGCGCCACAGGAAGAUAAACCGCAAAAGACAAUAUUGCACAUGAUUUGCGUGCGCAUCGGAUGAGCAGGAGAGGGAAAUUCCUCUCCACUAAAAGUAAAUAGGAAUAGGAGAUCGGAGUUUGCCUUGCACAGACUUAAGUCAGAGAAAUAGCAAGCAGAGACAGUUGUUAGAGAUUCUUCCUCUCUCAGUCUCCUCUGCUGCAGACUGAAGAUGCUCUUGGACGCGGGACCACAGUAUCCCACCAUUGGAGUGACUACUUUCGGCUCCACCAGACAUCACUCAACAGGCGAAGUUACAGACAGAGAAGUGGCUUUGGGUAUCAACCCGUUCGCCGACGGUAUGGGCGCUUUUAAAAUCAACCAUAGCUCCCACGACCUCGGCUCUGGGCAAACGGCGUUUUCCUCGCAAGCGCCCGGUUACGCCGCGGCCGCUGCCCUGGGACACCAUCAUCACCCCACUCAUGUCAGCUCGUACUCCACCGCCGCCUUCAACUCCACUCGGGACUUUCUCUUUCGCAAUCGGGGCUUCGGAGACGCCACGAGCGCGCAGCACAGUCUGUUCGCCUCCGCUGCUGGAAGUUUCGCCGGACCACAUGGGCACUCUGACGCCGCUGGGCACCUGCUCUUCCCGGGACUGCACGAGCAAGCGGCCACGCACGCGUCCUCCAACGUGGUGAACAGUCAGAUGCGCCUGGGCUUUUCCGGGGACAUGUACGGCAGGGCCGAGCAAUACGGUCACGUCGCUAGCCCCAGAUCCGAGCACUACGCCUCGACUCAGUUGCACGGCUAUGGCCCCAUGAACAUGAAUAUGGCUGCCCAUCACGGGGCUGGGGCCUUCUUUCGCUACAUGAGACAGCCCAUAAAGCAAGAGCUCAUCUGCAAAUGGGUCGAACCGGAGCAGCUAACGAAUCCGAAAAAGUCCUGCAACAAAACUUUCAGCACCAUGCACGAGCUCGUGACCCACCUGACGGUGGAGCACGUUGGGGGACCAGAGCAGUCGAAUCACAUUUGCUUUUGGGAAGAAUGUCCCCGGGAAGGGAAACCGUUUAAAGCAAAGUAUAAACUUGUGAAUCAUAUCAGAGUUCACACCGGAGAGAAACCGUUUCCGUGUCCGUUCCCAGGCUGUGGAAAAGUAUUCGCCCGAUCGGAAAAUCUGAAAAUCCAUAAAAGAACACACACCGGUGAAAAACCUUUCAAGUGUGAGUUUGAAGGCUGUGACAGACGCUUUGCGAACAGCAGUGAUCGUAAGAAACACAUGCACGUCCAUACCUCUGACAAACCUUAUCUCUGCAAAAUGUGUGAUAAAUCCUACACACACCCCAGCUCCCUCCGGAAACACAUGAAGGUUCACGAGUCAUCGUCUCAAGGACCCCAACCCUCCCCGGCAGCCAGCUCCGGCUACGAGUCCUCCACGCCGCCCACCAUCGUGUCCCCUUCCACAGAAAACCAGAGCAGCAGUUCCAUAUCACCAGCAUCAUCCACAGUUCACCACACGAGCAGCCACAGCACUCUUUCGUCAAAUUUUAAUGAAUGGUACGUGUAAAUAUUUUCAAAAGACUGCAGAAUUAAGACUGCUUUGGAACCAAGACUCAAAAGUCAGCCUAUUCUCGCGUGGACCUACAUACACACAAUGUGAAGAAUCUGAGAGGUUUUCUGAAACCGCUGUCUAUAGAGAGCAGUGCAUGGACGGGGUGUGCAACGCUCUUGACAGCCUUUUUCCGAUUUUUUUGUACUCCAUUUCUUUUGCUCUUUUUAUUUCUUUUUCUUUUCCCUUCUUCAUAUUUUCGGAAGACUGCACAGAGAACUUCAAUUGCAUGCUACCAGCAGGUCACAACCUUUUUUUUUUUUUUUUUUUUUUUUUUUUUU